GAGCCCUCUUUUUUUCGGAUUUCUUGUGAAUAAAGAAGAAUGCGACUGAUAUAAUUCGAGAGAGCAAUUGGAAAAAUAUUAUAGAGGGUUUUUUCUGGAUGAUCCAUUUUCCUUGGAAAUGCAAAAGAUUAUGCAUAUUUCUGUCUUCCUGGUUCCUGUUCUAUGGGGACUGAUUUUUGGAGUAUAUUCAAACAGCAUACAAAUAGGAGGGUUAUUUCCAAGGGGUGCAGAUCAGGAAUACAGUGCAUUUCGGGUAGGGAUGGUUCUGUAUUCCACUCCAGAGUUUAGGUUGACGCCUCAUAUCGACAAUCUGGAAGUAGCUAACAGCUUCGCUGUCACCAAUGCUUUCUGCUCCCAGUUUUCAAGAGGGGUCUUUGCUAUUUUUGGAUUUUAUGACAAGAAGUCUGUAAAUACUAUCACAUCAUUUUGCGGAACUCUUCAUGUGUCCUUUAUAACCCCAAGCUUUCCGACAGAUGGUACUCAUCCAUUUGUCAUUCAAAUGAGGCCGGACCUCAAAGGAGCACUACUUAGUUUGAUUGAAUACUAUCAAUGGGACAAAUUUGCAUAUCUUUAUGACAGUGAUCGAGGUUUAUCAACGUUGCAAGCUGUGCUGGAUUCUGCUGCUGAGAAGAAAUGGCAAGUGACGGCAAUCAACGUCGGCAACAUUAACAAUGACAGGAAAGAUGAAACGUACCGCUCGCUUUUUCAAGACCUAGAAAUAAAAAAGGAAAGGAGAGUGAUUCUGGACUGUGAGCGGGACAAAGUAAAUGACAUCGUAGAUCAGGUCAUCACAAUUGGAAAACAUGUCAAAGGAUACCACUAUAUCAUAGCAAACCUGGGCUUUACAGAUGGAGAUUUAUCAAAAAUUCAGUUUGGAGGAGCGAAUGUGUCAGGAUUCCAAAUAGUAGACUAUGAUGAUCGGGCAGUUGAAUCAUUUAUACAGCGUUGGUCAACAUUAGAAGAGAAAGAGUACCCUGGGGCACACACUACUACAAUUAAGUAUACUUCAGCUCUGACAUUUGAUGCAGUGCAAGUCAUGACUGAAGCUUUUCGGAAUCUGAAGAAACAGAGGAUAGAAAUUUCUAGAAGAGGGAAUGCUGGAGACUGUCUUGCAAAUCCUGCAGUUCCAUGGGGGCAUGGGGUAGAAAUAGAAAGGGCAUUAAAGCAGGUGCAAGUAGAUGGACUAACUGGUAACAUAAAAUUUGAUCAGAAUGGUAAAAGAGUGAAUUAUACAAUCAACAUUAUGGAAUUAAAAACCAAUGGCCCUAGAAAGAUUGGCUACUGGAGUGAAGUGGACAAAAUGGUGGUUACUGUUAGUGAUGCUCUGUCUGCAAAUGAUUCAAUGGGUCUUGAAAAUAAAACUGUAAUUGUCACUACGAUUUUGGAAUCCCCAUAUGUGAUGUAUAAAAAAAAUGCGGACCAGUUGGAUGGGAAUGAACGGUAUGAAGGAUACUGUGUAGAUUUGGCGACUGAAAUUGCUAAGCAUUGUGGAUUUAAAUACAAACUGACAAUUGUAGGUGAUGGCAAGUAUGGAGCCAGAGAUGCAGAAACAAAAAUAUGGAAUGGAAUGGUAGGAGAAUUAGUAUAUGGGAAAGCCGAUAUUGCAAUUGCUCCAUUAACUAUUACACUGGUGCGAGAAGAAGUGAUUGACUUCUCAAAACCAUUUAUGAGUCUUGGAAUAUCUAUCAUGAUCAAGAAGCCUCAGAAGUCAAAGCCAGGAGUGUUUUCCUUUCUUGAUCCUUUAGCUUAUGAGAUCUGGAUGUGCAUUGUGUUUGCUUAUAUUGGGGUCAGUGUAGUUUUAUUCCUGGUCAGCAGAUUUAGUCCAUACGAAUGGCACACUGAGGAAUUUGAAGAUGGAAGAGAAACACAAAGUAACGAUUCAGCUAAUGAGUUUGGGAUAUUUAAUAGUCUCUGGUUUUCCCUUGGUGCCUUUAUGCAGCAAGGAUGCGAUAUUUCGCCAAGAUCCCUAUCUGGUCGCAUUGUUGGAGGUGUAUGGUGGUUCUUUACCCUGAUCAUAAUUUCAUCCUACACGGCUAACUUAGCAGCUUUCCUUACUGUGGAACGAAUGGUAUCACCUAUUGAAAGUGCUGAAGACCUUUCCAAGCAGACAGAAAUUGCAUAUGGAACACUGGACUCGGGGUCUACCAAGGAAUUCUUUAGGAGAUCAAAAAUUGCUGUGUUUGAUAAAAUGUGGACAUAUAUGAAAAGUGCAGAGCCCUCUGUUUUUGUGAAAACUACAGCAGAAGGAGUAGCCCGGGUACGAAAGUCCAAAGGAAAAUAUGCCUACUUGCUGGAGUCAACAAUGAAUGAGUACAUCGAGCAAAGGAAACCCUGUGACACCAUGAAAGUUGGAGGAAAUCUGGAUUCCAAAGGCUACGGCAUCGCAACACCAAAACAAUCCCCAUUAAGAACCUCAGUAAACCUUGCAGUAUUGAAACUCAGUGAGCAAGGCGUCUUAGACAAGCUGAAAAACAAAUGGUGGUACGAUAAAGGUGAAUGUGGAGCCAAGGACUCUGGAAGUAAGGAAAAAACAAGCGCAUUAAGUCUGAGCAACGUGGCUGGAGUAUUCUACAUCCUUGUCGGAGGACUGGGUUUGGCAAUGUUGGUGGCUUUGAUUGAGUUUUGUUACAAAUCCAGAGCAGAGGCAAAACGAAUGAAGGUGGCAAAAAACUCACAGAACACUAACCCAGCUUCCUCACAGAAUUCACAGAACUUUGCAACUUAUAAGGAAGGUUACAACGUAUAUGGAAUUGAAAGUGUUAAAAUUUAGGGAUAUCCUUCAAUUAUGUCAUGAGGAGCAAGGCAAGGCUGUCAAUUACAGGAAGCACUGGAGAAAUGGACAUAUUAUGACUCCAGAAUUUCCAAAAGCAGUGCAUGCAGUGAGUCCUGGCAUGAGAAUGAAUGUCAGUGUGACUGAUCUCUCGUGAUUGAUAAGAACCUUUUGAGUGCCUUAUACAAUGGUCUUACUUGUGCGUUAAUUGUCAAAGUGGUGAAAAAGAGGCAUCCAAUAUCUUGAAAACAUUUUUCAAACAAGAAUUAUUUUGUUCCAGUGGAUUUCAUCUUGAAUUCUAAAAAUGGAUGCUUAGCUGAAACAAAGAGAAUAGCAAAUAUUAAACAAAGCAUAACUCAAUUUUCUACUCUUACUCAAGAUGAAGCUAACUGACAUGCACAGCUAACAAUUGGAAGGACUGUAAAUCUGAUUAAAGUCGUUGUACAGGCAACACACCAGUUUCUGAA